CAGAUCUCGGUGCUCAAUCGCAGGUAUUCGCUUCGUGGCGGACUUCCAAGUUCUUCGAUCCUUCUCAGGAAGGACUACGCAUUGAGACGAUUUACAGAAAGAAUGGAGCUGUCAAAGUCUCUCAGGAGGCGACGGCAAUGCCUCAGUGGGUGAAGGCCGCGGAUAUUUCGACGAGGGAGCGGUGUGAUGCCCAGAGAUUCGGGGUGCCGACGUGAUGGGCAAGCGCGAAUGCCACCUCUUCAGCUUUGCCGAUUUGCUCAACACCGCAGAUCUGUGCGUGCUGGUGGCCAGGCAAUUGAGUCCUGCUUGGGAAAUUCUGGACAAGUGUCGCGGAAGCUAGGUACCGCCUUGGUUGCGUUUGUGGAGCACGCCAAAUACUUUUCGGGGUACGACCAGGGGUCUCGCGUAACCAACAACGCUGAUCUGGAGGGAAAUGAACAACAACGGAAAAAGGGGGUCGGGAAAGAAAAAGGGAGGCAAUUGUCGUGCUGUGAUGCUCAGUGGCCUUUACUCCGCCUCCACUCAAGCGGCCAUUGCUGUGUUUGUUUCAUCUUUCAUGCCAAGGAUCCCGACAACAUUCCGAAACUCAGGGUUCGGGGUGGCUUGGUCUUGAUGGCCAAUCACUACCCCGCAAUAUCAAAACGAGGCUUCAUUGUCAGGUGACAUAAGAAAACGCUCAGUCGAUGGAGCGAUGUGUAUAGUUCGAUAGCCACAACCGACUGCAUGACGCAGUCAGGAUGGAGAUCCACGUCAUGCGCCUUGCCUCUAGAGGGUAUAAGUCACCACAAACAACGCCUGUCUUAUCCAAAAGCCAACCUAUAUACGCCGUUCCGGGUUGCAAAACGUUGUGCAACA